AUGUUUCGAAAUAAUGCUGUGAAUGAUAUCUCAGGUUCGAGUAGGCCAAAUGUGAGAUACGAUCGGCAAAAUAAAGGGAGGUUGAGAAAUUCCAAAUCCCAGAAAAUAGGACUUGGCGCCACUGUAGGGUCCAUAUUAGGUGCAGACAAAAGCUUUAACAGUUUUGAGGAAGGGACGGAUGAGAAGAGAAUAAAAAUUAAUAUCGACCAUCAAAAAGAAGGGGCUGUGAUUGCAAGCCAACAAGCUAAUAUUGGUAUGCUCGAAAGCAGAAAGCGCGUGCCUGAACAUAACAGAAAAAUAGCGAGCUCUGAAAGCAGACCAAAACUACCAAUGAACAUUUCCCAAUCUUUGGAACAGAAUAACCGGCAGUUUGGAUAUCAGCAUGACUGGUCGCAACUCAGUACCAGUAAAAUCUGUAAAAUUUUGGAGGACAUAUCAGGCAAAAGACAUAAAACUUGGGGACGCUCCACUUCAUUGCAAGAGAAGAACCGUUCACACAAAGUUCUUUACGAGAGAGACAACGAAGGUAGUCAGGAUUGGUCACAAAUUCCUAGUGAAAGCAUAUGCGAGCUCAUAGAGAAGAUUGCUACCAGACGCAACAGAAACCUCAAACAGCAUGCAUAUUCUCAAGAUCAGGAAAUUUCGGGAGUUGAGGGUUUAUCAGAAGGUGAUAAACGUAAUGGAGAAAUCGAGGACCCGCUGGAACUAACGGCAAGAAGAGGCAGCGAAAACAGCAAAGGAUAUGAAUUUGCUUUAGAAAAUGAUAUACCAAAUGCAAUAUGUUUUUCCCACAAGGAAGCCAAAUUAAUGCCGCCUCCACAAAAGAGAAUAAAGAACAUGGCAGUCAUCCCUAGAAAUCAGCAUGAAGGAUUUAUUUUAGGAAAGCUUAAUAAUCAACUUGUUGUAAGCUCGAAACUUUCUGUCAGUAGGCUUUUCAAUGCAAUGAUCGUCAUUGUCAGUCAUUCGCAAUAUCAAACAUAUCUUAUGCUCCAAUCAAAGAAUUUUGGCAACAUAUGGGACUUUGGAAGACGCCCUCUCUUACCUCUCAAGCCUGACGCAGCAUAUACGAUCGACACUUCAAAUCACGUCACGCUACCAUGGAAUAUUUUUAGUGAUUUUGCGACGAUAGUUCCUAAAAAUCAACUUUAUCCCAAAAAACAUAUUCCUGAUUGUAACUAUGAAUUACUAGAAUUUCAACAAAUAAACUGUAAUUUUGGAACACAGCCAGAAACAUUAUAUCACUUUCCCAUGUCUCACGACACGAUGACGAUAAAAGAAAAGUGUUCUCCAGAACUACAACUUAAAAAUGAAGCAAUUCACGAAGAUUUUGCUCCUGGAAAUGAAAAAUAUUGUGUUAGCUGCUUGAAAUUGAAAAAGGAUGGUACAGCCUAUCAUUCAAAUGGCAUGAAUAUUUCCUGUAAGCACCAGUCUGCAAAAGACAAAGAAGAGUUCAAACUAGAUAAUACGAACAGUGUACAAGAUAAUGUUAACCAUUAUAGCAAUAUUUUUGUUGGCUUGCGUGCUUUUUUCCACAAAAUAUACUCUAAAAAUUCCUGUGGCGAAAUUGACUUAUCAGAAACAUUGUUUUAUAACGAUUCAAAGAAAAGUUGGGUAAAGAUGGGAGACCUAGCGCAUCGCACUAAGAAAAAGAGGUAA